GCCCGACCGCCCAGAUGCAGUUUCGCCUCUUCUCCUUUGCCCUCAUCAUCCUGAAUUGUAUGGAUUACAGCCACUGCCAAGGCAAUCGAUGGAGACGCAGUAAGCGAGCUAGUUAUGUAUCAAAUCCCAUUUGCAAGGGUUGUUUGUCUUGUUCAAAGGACAACGGGUGCAGCCGAUGUCAACAGAAGUUGUUCUUCUUUCUUCGAAGAGAAGGCAUGCGCCAGUAUGGAGAAUGCCUGCAUUCCUGUCCAUCUGGCUACUAUGGACACCGAGCCCCAGAUAUGAACAGAUGUGCAAGAUGCAGAAUAGAAAACUGUGAUUCUUGCUUUAGCAAAGACUUUUGUACCAAGUGCAAAGUAGGCUUUUAUUUGCAUAGAGGCCGUUGCUUUGAUGAAUGUCCAGAUGGUUUUGCACCAUUAGAUGAAACCAUGGAAUGUGUGGAAGGAUGCGAAGUUGGUCAUUGGAGUGAAUGGGGAGCUUGUAGCAGAAAUAAUCGCACAUGUGGAUUUAAAUGGGGUCUGGAAACCAGAACACGGCAAAUUGUUAAAAAGCCAGCAAAGGACACGAUACCAUGUCCAACCAUCGCUGAAUCCAGGAGAUGUAAGAUGGCCAUGAGGCAUUGUCCGGGAGGAAAGAGAGCCCCAAAGGCAAAGGAGAAGAACAAGAAAAAGAAGAGGAAGCUGAUAGAAAGAGCCCAGGAGCAACACAGUGUCUUCCUAGCUACAGACAGAGCUCAUCAGUAAAAUAGGAGACAUGUAGGUUAGAUUUUGGGGGAUUUUUGUUUUUGCAAAAGUGCACAAAGCUACUCUCCCCGCCUGGACACAAAUGCUGCCUUGACCAGUAUUUGUUCCCGGUAAUGUUGUGAAAGGAGGAGCCACGAGCGUGGUCUCUGUUAUUUAUGCUUCAAUUUGCAUCUGGAGACUGUGAAGGCAGGAGCUCACGGCCUGAAUCGGUGGAAGAGGGAGUGGGUGGCCAGCAUGUGCCUUGGCUCCACAUGCACGGAGGGAACGUGGCACCAUGGAGAGGCAACGGCCGUGAGGCCCCAGACCACCACUGGAGAACAGACUUGUGCAUAUUUAUGGGAAAGAAGACACUCCGCAGGCAAAGUGCUAUUUCACCUGUGACCUUGAUUUCUCACGUUGUGUAUUUGCAAGGAUAAAUGUAUGUGGAUAUCUGCUUUUAGCUGGGGGUAUGCUCCAGGGAUUCCUGCUCAGUAUCACAUCAGCUCCAACAUGUACAUAAUCUGUGGGGCCAUCGAUAAACCUCUUACUGUAUAUUUAUGCCUUCUUUCCUGUAACAAGUCAUACCUGAUUAAUAUUAUGUCACUUUGUUUCUAGAUGUUCCUAACCACCGUCCAGUAAAUGACUUCUAGUUGUGCGAAUUGACGGAUGUUUCGUUGCCCCUUGAAAUGUAACUUUUCUUGGAGGGCUUAUUUCUCAUUGUAAGAAUAGGAUAAGCUAGUUUGUACAUAGGCUCAAAUGACCAGUGUCAAAGAAUCUGAAUAUCAGUAGAACUUCCCCACUCCAGCUCUCCUCCUACAGAUGAAGCAGCAUGUGUCAGGCAGAAACUAAAACUCCCUUUAUGUCUAAGAGGUGAUGACUUUAUGAAACACAAUUGAAAACGCGAGGAAUUACAUGCAGUCCCUUCUAGUACUCAUCAUGCAGCUUCAGAGGCUAGAGAGAUUUUCAAACUUUUGUUUCAAGCUUCAAUAUAUAUACAUAUUUAUCUAAAGCCAUCCCUGACUUACCAGGACAGGGUACCUACCAAUAUUCUUGGGUCACUGUAGAAAUUACCAUCGUGAGACCAUGCAUAGAAUUUGAGAAGAAAACAGUAUGAAUUCCUGUAACUGCUGCUCAGAUCUUAACAGGUCUCCUUUGAGCCAGAUCCGUAUCCUCUCCAAGACAGAAGAACACGAUGGAGACUUCCCUGGGGACUUUUGGAGCAGUUGUUUCAAAAACAUCAUCAUACACUUGAGGAAAUCAGCUCUCAGAGAGCUUUGAAUUGGCUUCUUCUAUAAAAGCAUCAUUAUCUUCCUGGCUAAUUCAGACGAAAAUUAAAGCAAAAAAAUGGUUACAGAUGUUUAAGGAAAAAAAAAAAGCAAGGUAAAGCAUUUUUUCUCACCUUGCAUUGGCAAAACUACCUCUUCACCAUUUUUGUUUUGAGUCAAAAGCAUCUUACCAGUGAGUAUCAAUGUCCUAUACAUCAUUAUGAGAAUAUUGUUGCUAUGAGAUAAUAAGCCAUAUAUGAAUGUUGUACACAACUUUAGGGUUUGCAUUUAAUCCUAAAGUGCUCACCUCGUUUCAUGUCUAUUUACACUAUAUUCCUAUUUACUAAGUGGGGAAGGGGCUCCUUUAUGUAGUGCUUCAUCGUUAAUAAGUCAAUAUCUGUUCUGUUUCUGAGAUGUUCUUUUCAUGCAUUAAAAAUCUUCAAAAUUA